CGCUCAGUUUGGAAAGUUGGCGCGAGGAAGGCUGUCGUUGAAACUCUUAACGGAUGAAAUUGGGUCAUUUCGAGUCGAACUCUAGAGCCAAAGACCAACAGGAAGAAGACACUGUUAGGGAGGAGAUGGAGGAGCCGAGCAGCAGGUUGUACUGCGGUCCACUCUCCCAGGAGGCCCUGAAGAUCCUGGCUGCUCUACGAGCCGAGAAUCAGGAUCAGUGCAGGUCCAAUCUGCACUCCUCCAGCAGUCGCAGGCAAAUGGAAAGGUGUAAUUACAUCCAUGUGGAGUCAUGGAGUCCAAGCAGCUGCAGUCAGUUGGAAAGUAAAGACAAUUUCUCCUGUUGGCCCAUCUGUGACCAUAAUGCUACCAACGAGACACAGAGUAAUCUGAUUCCUGCCACGGUUCAGGCCUCUCUCCAGAAGAAAACUCCUCAGGCGUUCCCCGAUCAUCAGCGUUUCCAGACAGACUCCCACAAAUUGUUCCCAGACCCCCCUGCUCACUUUCCCAGACAGGUGGUGUCAUCCUCUCAGGAGACACCAACACGACACGACACAUCUUCCUUUUCUCUCCAACUACCAAACUGUCUGUCUGAUCAACAAACUUCCCCCUGCAACACAUCGCCAGCUUUCAUGCUCCGUCAAUUCAAAGACGUCGAAGCCCCUGAUGAAACGCUUCCCUCGACAACAGAGCAGCCUGAUUCUCAUUCUGUAGCAUGUCGCACACAAUUACCUUUCUCUGAUGAACGUAAAGAGACAGCGAACUCAUCAAGUGCACAUAAUGAAGACGAAGCUAUCUGGGAUGUUGGUGCCAAUGAGGCAGAGAGCCUUGAACUUUCAGGCAGGAGAGUAAAGUGGAUAGAGAGUGUGUCUAACAUCUCAGAAGAGGCUGCUGGUGGUGUAGAUAAGCAUCAGCAAUCAGAGCUGAGCACAACUGAAAGUAAAAGGGGGCACUUGCCUCCUAUUGACUUUGUAACAAAAGACGUGUGCCAGACAGUGGCUGAUAUAGCGGAGAGGAGACUCUCAGAGGGACCACUAGUUGAGUCUGAAGCCACUACAUUUAUCCUGGAGGACAACAGAGCUCACAACCUGGAACGGUUUGGCCUCGUAGCAGUGGCGGUGGAAAGCAGGACAGAAACAGACCAUCAGGAAAACAUUGAACACAAACUGAUGAACUGCUUUGCUACUAAAGACUCAGAUUUACACAGAAUAAACACAGAUGUACAGAAGUUAGAGGAAGUCAGAUUUUUGCCUAAAUCUGCAGAGGGCUCGGAUGGUGAGCAAUGCCUUGUACCAACGCUUUCCCUGGAGUUUGAGCCGCUUAGGUCAGAGUUCAGACCUCUCCAUCGUCCUGAUCAUCCUGGCGAUCUGCAGACCGACAGAAAAUCAGACGGGGUCCUGAUCCCAGAACGGUCACAAAACUCCUUGCUCCAGGACUCGAUCACAAAUACAACACUUGACAAAGAACUAUACACAAAACAACAGACUUCUGGGAUUGACUCACAUCAUCCUCCCCUCACUCCAUCCUUUCCCCAAAAAAGAAAAUAUGAUGUUAUCCACCAUCAAUGUGUAAAUCUACCCCUGAAGAGCCACAAAAAAAGUCAUCCUCCCAAGUGGGAACCGCCACGUUCCUCACCACGGACGGUGGUGGAAGGAGACAUCAGCGAGGUGAAGAAAAUCAGACUUCAACCAUCCGUUUCUGGAUGCCCAACAUUAUCAGAAGAACAGCAGUUUAAAAUCCCCCUGAAGACAGAUGUUAAAAUCCCUACACAACCACAUGCUCUGGAACAAACUCAGCCCAUCAGUCAGAGUGAACUGGAAAAAUCCUCCAAUAAAAUGGGAAAGAUUGCUCCCAAACAGAAGCUCUUUGCCAAACUCUGCAAACACAGGUUGGCCAAAUCGAGGAUCGAUCCAGCCAUCGACGGUCUAAAAGGUUUUCAUAACAUAGUUACGACUAGUGAGCUACAAACUCACUCCAAAGCUGGCUUACACUCUACAAGCCUGACAUUCGAUGGCAGAAUAAAGGAUUCUGGGAGGCUGAACCCAGAGGAGAGAGUUCAGAUGCUGAAGCAGGCUGGACAGGCUGAGGUGGUGGUGAUAACAAUGAUGUUUCAGGAUGGAGCAACCCAAUUAGACCGUGAACAGAAGCUCGCUCCAGCAGUAUGUGGCCUCCUUGUGCUGAUGAAGAAUGAUCUUUGCAGUGCAACACCUUGUUGGUCACUGGGGUCGAAUGACAGCCUCGUCUACUUGAAACUAGAGCACAACCCUCCAUGGGCACAACAGCAACUUCAGCACACUCAGCAGCCUUUUACCAGAGAUAUGAUACUAUGUGUGCUGUCAAGGUCAAAACUGGUGGUUUGCUAUAAAGCCAAGGAUUUUCUUCGUACAGUUCUGCUGUUAUACAAACAGGAUCUAAGCUGGAAACAAGUGGCAGGUUGUCAGAUCCAAGAUCCACAGGUUUCAGGGUGGCUGCUGGAUCCCACUGAUCCCUCCUCCUGCUUCAGAGACCUUCUUAAUAAACAUUGCAAAAAGCCACGUGCAACACCCUCCCUGAGUCCUGACAAGGUUUCUCACAUCAUCUCAAGUCUCUAUUGGCUCUUUGACCUUAAUCUGGCCUUAUGCUCUAAACUACAGAGCCAUGGCUUGUGGGAACUCUACUCAGAAAUAGAGCUGAAAAUGAUCACUGUUCUUGCUGUCAUGGAAAGCCACUGCAUCUAUGUGGACAAAGGAGCACUUAAGAGAACUUCAGACCUGCUUGGGACUAAAAUGAAACAGCUGGAGCAAGAGGCCCACAAAGCAGCUGGGGAAAUGUUCUUGGUGACCAGCAGCGCUCAGCUACGAACAGUACUGUUUGAGAAGCUGCGCUUACAGGAGCGCUGCGAGAACAGGAAGCUUCCCAAGACCAUCAACAAACAACAGCAGUCAACAUCAGAGGCAGCGUUGCUGCAGCUCCAGGACCUUCAUCCUCUGCCAAAAAUCAUCCUGGAGUACCGACAGGUCCACAAGAUGAAAUCCACGUUUGUUGAUGGGAUUUUGUCAUGCAUGAAGAGCAAGAACUACAUUUCUUCUACGUGGCACCAGACGAGUGCUGUGACUGGGAGAAUAUCAGCCAAACACCCUAACUUCCAAGCUUUGCCAAGGCAACCGCUUCAAAUCAGCCAGAACCAGUACAUUCAAGGAAAGGAGGAGGAGGUUCUGACGAUUCAUCCUCGAGACAUGUUCGUUCCCCGGGAGGGCUGGACUUUUCUUGCUGCGGACUUCUGCCAGGUGGAGCUCCGCUUGCUGGCCCACUUCUCCUCGGACCCGGAGCUGCUCCGCGUUUUCACCGACCCGCAGGCCGAUGUCUUCGCCAUGCUGGCCUCUCAGUGGAAAGCGGUGGGUGUUGAUGAGGUGACUCCUGAAGACAGGGAGCAUGCCAAACGCAUCGUAUAUUCUGUGGUUUAUGGAGCAGGCCGUGAGCGUCUGUCAGGGAUUUUGGGGGUGAACGUUGAGCAGGCCAGUCGUUUCCAGGACAGUUUCCUCCAGACCUACAGAGAAGUCCAGGCAUUCAUCCAGAGAACCAUCCAGCAGAGCCACAAGCAAGGUUAUGUGGUGUCGUUAAUGGGACGCCGACGCCUCCUUCCCAACAUCAGCUCCCCAGACUGGGGGAUCCGCAUGCAGGCUGAGAGGCAGGCCGUCAACUUUGUAGUUCAGGGCUCUGCUGCUGAUCUCUGUAAGAUGGCUAUGAUCACCAUCUUGAACCUGGUCUCCUCCUCCAGCUCGCUCUCUGCCAGGCUUUUAGCACAGCUUCAUGAUGAGCUUCUUUAUGAAGUGGAAGACUCUCAGGUGGAGCAGUUUGCAGGUUUGGUGAGAAGCACCAUGGAGUCUCUUCAGCACAUCCACCAUGUUGGAAUCCAUCUGAAGGUGCCCCUGAAGGUGGCGGUAUCUGUUGGCAAGUCGUGGGGAUCCAUGUCAGAGCUUCAAUCUCCGACUUCUGUCUCCUGAAUCUUCCUCUGAACCUCCGACACCAAGAUAAAUGAUCUAAUCUCCUCCUUUCUUAUGGCCCAAGUUUUCGCCAUUGACCCUUCUGCUGGCCACCUACUCGUCUUUUGACCCUUACUUGGUCUCUUAUCCUGAUCAUCUCUCUCAGCUUCCAGUUUCUGCCUCCUCCUUCACUUGUCCAGCAUCCAUGUUGCUAUGGAAACGAGGCAGCUGCAGCUCGUGCUUCUUGCCUCCACUCUUUCUGUUUCUGGGGGCAACCGCUGACUGGAUUGGACCAGUUUCUCUCUCUCUCUCUCUCUCUCUUGUCCACCUCCUCCUGUUCUCCCACUCAUUUUCACUCACACACACAAACGUCUCGUUAGGACUAAAAAUGUUUCCUCUGCCUCGUUACCGAGGUGAAGUUUCAUGUUUUAAAGAGGGCUCCAUUUUCAUUGGUUCCUAAAAUUGGUUGUUAGUUGAGUUUCUAGAUAUAAUCAAACAUUCUUUAGUCUCUAUUGUUAAUAUAUUUUUGAUGCUGAGACUGUUGGAUUUACUUAAACACACCAGAUUUCCACCCCAAGUUAUAUUUUUUAAGCUAAUUUAAAAAGCAUCAUUUAUUAUUCCCAUAUUUGAUGUUCUAAUAAAAGAAGUGUAGUCCAUAAUGGGUUUUUCACAAGAGAAAUCUGAGCCCAGGGAGUGAAUAGACUCCAUGAAAUCUUGGUUUCAUUCAGCUUCCAGUAAACUUUACCUUUCGUUGCGUGUGUUAACGUGAUUUAAAGCAGUUGAUCUAAUUUUUGCUCGUCUUUCAGCAUCCAUUUCUUUGCUCUCUCUGGCUCAGCUUUUAUCUGCUCACCCUUUUUGUGUUGUAUUGCCUUUCUCUAUUUCUCUCUCACACAUUCCACAAAUGCUCACACAUUCAUCUGCCCUCUGGCACACUGACCGAAUUUCUUUUUGUCUGACAGCCACAGUAAGACUCCCUUUUUAUAUCUCCCUGUUUUCCUACCGGCCCCUCAAUUAGCCUUGGAAAUAUAUUGGCAGAGCCCAACAUAUCCACGUAACUUAAGCCAGUUGCAGGCGUUUUUAGUCAUUUUUAAUGGUCCAUUUGUCUUCUAAUGUGAAAAAUGAACUCUGGAUUUACUGACAUAAGAAAAACUUUAAUCACAAGUCCUUCAUAGCAAGAGCAGAGGAUAGUGUUAUGGAAAUCUGGCCCUCUAUUCUUUCAUUGUUUGGUGGUUUAAGUGUGCAAGCCCCCCAGCCUGCCUCUAUUGAAAGGGAGGCGUGAGACUGGUAUGUGUGUGUAGGCACUUGUGGAAACAGGAGUUUUUAUUCAGUAAAAUAAAUAUUGAGAAAGCUGAGAUACUUAGUGCUAAAAGACUUGAGAUUAGUGUUGAGUAAUAUCUUCAAAAUGUAGCCGUUAGUCUUUUCCUGUAUUAAAGUGAAUUAAAAACUUGAUAACAGUGUCUGAAAUGAACUCCAAGAACCUUUAAUUCCCACUGAACUCUGACCGGCUUUACUGUUCCUAAAAUAAAAGUAUCUCAAAGCAUAAUGCUGCUCCCUCUG